AUGGUCAUGAACAUUACUACACUUCCAGAAACCAGUCGUCCACAGUUUGAAAUCAUCUUUAAUUCUUCAACAUCAGGAAAAAUCGAAAUGAAAAACUGGAGAACCUACGAACCUAGUCCACCCUUUGUAAAAACAUCUGUACUUCUACAGGCUCCAGACGAUCACAUUGUUGUAGUUCAUUUCAUCCUUCAUCGCUAUAUUUGCUGGGGCUACGAUAAAACCCGUGAUCACGUGACCUUCCGUACAGAGAACAACACCGUAACAAACGAGUUAUGCCAAUCACCAACUAAUGUGUGCAGCGCCCUAGUUUUUCAUUCCGGAUGGGUACUUAUAGAAUUUUUCAGUUAUGAAAUGUUUUCAGCUGAAGUCCUUACAAUAACAUUUGAGUUUCAUCACAUCUCACAACCACCCGCUGCGCUGUCAGGAGACAGGUGGAACUGCUCGGUUAGCGACUGGCCGGAAAUGUGGCAAGGUGUUCCCUGUAUCUUCGUCUUUGACUGUUACGACAGGGAAGCAGAAGUUGGAUGUUGGCAAGGCGAUGGCACAUUCAGGCAAGGGAUAGUUCAGGUUGACGGUAGAUGCAUUGGUAUUUCGCAAGCAGAUGUGACACAAUCGUCUUGGUACCAUGAGAGCCAAUGGUGUCAACAACGAGGAGGACAACUGGUCAGUCUGAGUACAACAAAGAUGAAAGACCGUCUGCCGGCAUUGUUGCGAAGGUUUAACUUAAGGACCAUCAGCGCAAUUGGUCUGAUGACAAUGUCUCAUGUAACAUUACCAAUGUAUAAACACAACUUACAGUGGCUUGAUGAGACUAUCGCACAUACCCGCAAUACACAUUUUAGCACGGGUAGACAAUAUUGUGUUUUUUUCGUAGCGAUUUCCUUCGGAUAUGGACACUUUUCGUUUUUCCUUUUGAAGAACGAUUGUGAUAUGAUUUACUCCAUUACCUAUCGACUAUGCCAGCUUUCGGACGCUACUAGACAACAUCAUCACAUCCAGUUGCCAGUGAUUUCCACACAUCAAUCUGCGUACAAACUCUCCAAUGCUGCGUACAUACGGUGUCCGGCCAAUCACUUCACUCACGUCUUCCUGGCUUGUGAUGACGUCUCUUCCUGUUGGUCCAAUAAGUCUGGCGCCACGCCUUCCUGUUCCGCUCAACUGACGCCACUUCCGCCGUCUUUUAAGUGUGGCGGUAGUCCAGUAAAAUCUGUGACAGGACAAGGAUUCCCUAAAAUGAUGAACUUGCACGUGCUGGAUCUGCGUCAAUGCCCUCUCACCAAUUUUCCAAAAGCAAUAUUUCAGGCUCUAGACCGACUGCAGAGUGUGUUUGCUGACAACUACAAGCUCUCCAUGUCUGUGUCCAACACAUCCAAAGCUGUUAACGACAUCACCAUAGCCCGCCGUCUAGUCACCGUAGUGAUGUCGGACUUUCUUUGCUGGUUUCCUGUGGGUUUGACGGGAAUUCUGGCGUCGUACGAUGUUGCCGUGGCAGGAGAGGUCAACGUGGCGAUGGCUAUUUUUAUUUUACCCGUCAACUCUGCUCUCAACCCUUUUCUUUACACACUUAACAUUUAUUUGGAGCGUCGUCGCCGUGCACGAGAAGAAGAAAGACAAAAACGCCUUUUGUACCUAAUUAAUGUAUCAAGAAUCGUACAAAAGGUGGAGAUGUAA